AUGAAGUUUUCAACUGUUGUGCAACUAUGUGUUCAUGUUGUACAUGCACAAUCUGACAUAUUAAGCGGAAUUGGAGAACAAGUUACCAGCACAACAGGAAGCCAAGGGGGCAAGAACAAUAAUUCUGUCUCUGCCCAACAAGUAUCUGAGGGCAAUUCUGCUGAUGCUACUUCACAAGAAGCUAGUAAACAACAAAUUACUACUACUACUCUUAUCACUACUACUACAGCCGAACCAAAAACUACACAAGCUCCCACAACUACUGAAGUACCUAUCACAACUACAACUACUGAAGUACCUGUCACAACCACAACUACUCAAGUUCCUGCCACCACUGAACAACCAGUCAUGACCACAACUACUGAAGCACCUUUGACAACGACGACUGUCAACCCUACCACUGAUCCAAUGACUUCUACAACGACUGAUCCUGUGAUUGUUUCUACGACAACUACCACUAGUUCUGCUGCUCAACAAACUUCUAUUUCAAGCAAUGCUCCUUCCACUACUUCAAUCAUAAAUUCCAGUGCAUCUUCAUCCCUACCAACUACAACCAGUUCAAGUACACAAGGAUCUUCCACUGCUUCGACCUCUUCUUCCUCCAGUACUGCUAACCCCUCUUCUUCUCCAGUCAAUAAUGAUAGCGGCAGUACAACGAAUAAAACAGGAGUUAUUGCUGGCUCUGUCGUAGGUGGUAUUGUAGGUAUUGCUUUAAUUGGUGGUUUGAUUGCUUGGAUUAAUCGUCGUGGUGGAUGUACUAGUCGAUCCAACAAACGCAAAGAUGAAUUUGAUCAAGAUGAUUAUACGAUAGAUAUGCAUCAAAACGACUUUAAUCAUACAAGCGCUAACGCUGGUGUUGGUGCUGCUGCUGCUGCCACUACAGGUACACUAGGCACUACAAUUGCAUCUACGGAACCUCUUUCUCCCUUUGAUAAUAACCGUCGUUAUCCUCAAGCCAAUUAUGGAAAUGAACCUUAUGGUGAUUACCAUGAAGCAUACAGUCAAGCAGGUUAUAGUCAAGGAGGAUACAGUCAAGAGGGCUUUAGUCAGGAUGGUUACAACAACUACGUACAACCUGAAUAUGGAUACUAUGAUGCUGGUAACAAUUACGCCAAUACUGGUUAUGACAGUAACCGCCAUGAAAUUCCUGAUGGUAAUAUGUAUGGCUAUGACCCUGCCUAUCAACAGCACUACAACAUGGGUGAUCCCAACAUGUCUGAAAAUGCUGGGUAUGCUUCUCAUUCAGUAGAUAAGCCCAAUGUAAAGGACUUUGGUAAUAAGCCAAACGAGAUGUAAUCCUUUUAUUACUGUCCUUUUAUUAUUUUCCUUAGAGAUCGCAUACAUUUAUAUAUAUAUACAUGCAAUAUUUUUUUUUAAUCUUGUACUUUAUCCUUCUUUUACAUACUCUUAAUCAUAAUGUAUACAGACUCUCAUUUUUUUUUCUUGAAUACAUUAUUUUAUAUUUUAUCUAUUUAAUUAAAAAGUGGACAAAAACUCAAAA